AUGUCUACACCAUUCCAAGAUCAAUCCCAGAACUCUGCCUACUAUACUGCUACCCCGACUCCUUCUGCUCCGUCGCCACACCCACAGUCGACUCCGGACUUCACGCAACCGGGACCUAGUACAACACAACCCUCUCGUCCGGCCACAGCAGCACAAUUGUCUGAGGAGGCACGAAAGGAUAAGACUCUGGCAGAGUUUUUGCUCAUGCUUGACGAGUAUGAGCCGUUGAUACCCAACGAGGUUACUGAGUACUACCUACAACGAGUAGGGUUUGAAUGUGAGGAUGUCAGACUCAAGCGGCUCCUGUCACUGGCAGCGCAAAAAUUCGUGUCAGAUAUUGCCGCAGACGCGUAUCAGCAUGCUCGUAUACGCGCGAACGCUGCCGGGGGCCGCUCUCGCGCCAACCAGCCGUCCGGAACUGCGUCUGCACGGGACAAAACGAAGACGACGCUAACGAUGGACGACUUGAGCGCUGCCCUCGCCGAGUAUGGCAUCAAUUCGCGCAAGCCGGAGUUCUAUAUGUAAUGCCCUGCUAGACCUAUAGCCGCACGUCUCUUUUCUCGGACAUCAGUAUUUCACACUUGCAUCUGGAGAUGACUCACUUGUACAGUAUCACCUUGAUUUCAUUCAUGUUGUACGCAUCGUACCAUGUGGCCCGCC